AUUGGGGUGCUCCUUGUUUUAGAAUCGUCUGAUCCGUGAAAUUUUCUAAGCAAAAUGUUGCGCAGUAUUUCGAAUAUAGUGACUGUGGUGCUUACUCUAAGCUUAAGUUACGCCAAUCCGAGUUCGCGAUCCUGGGCAGCUUACUGUGACUCCUCUGCUUGUAAAUCGCCAUCUUGUCGCUGUUCGUCGAUAGAUAUCCCUGGAGGACUAAAUUACUCUCAAACUCCCCAAUUCGUUUUGUUAACCUUUGAUGAUGGUGUGAACGUAGGAAAUUUCGAUUAUUAUCAGCAAAUAUUCAAAAAUCGUUUGAAUCGUGAUGGAUGUCCUGCGGCCGGGACGUUUUUCAUUUCACAUGAGUACACGGAUUACACCAUGGUAAACACACUCUACAAACAAGGACAUGAAAUUGCUCUGCACUCGAUUACGCACAAUGUCUCCACUGACUAUUGGAAGAAUAUCACUGUGAACAGCUUAAGUCAGGAGUUUGCAGGAGAGCGCUCUUUAAUCUCUAAUUUCGCCUCGAUACCAGUUGAUGCUAUGCAAGGAAUUCGGCUACCAUUUUUGCAGAUGUCUGGAGACAAUAGUUUUGAAAUGUUGCAGAAAGACAAUUUUCUCUAUGACUGCUCCUGGCCAACCCGUCAUACAAGUCCAGGCUUGUGGCCUUACACAUUAGACUACGCAUCAACACAGGAUUGCGUUAUUGGACCGUGUCCGCAGCAAAGCUGGAAGGGUAUUUGGGUUAUCCCAAUGCUUUCGUGGAUCGAUGGGAGGAACCAGAUUUGCGCUAUGGUUGAUGCAUGCCUUGAAUUACCAACAACUGUUGACGCCUUAGCUGACUUCAUGAUUGGCAACUUCAAUCGCACUUACCUAACAAAUAAGGCACCUUUUGGUUUGUAUAUUCAUGCAGCAUGGUUCAAUGUGGAUCCAAUUCAUUUUCCUGCUUACGUCAAAUUCGUGAAUUACAUUCAGUCUCGACCUGAUGUAUAUUUGGUUGGUGGAACAACUGUUAUAGAUUGGGUCAAAAAUCCAGUUCCCCUGAAUAAUAUGAAUAACAGCACGUGGUCUAACUGUAGAAAAGCAAGCUCAUCAACAUGUACACCAAAAACUUGUAAAUUGCAGAAGGGUUCAGAUGAAAGAUACAUGACAGUCUGCUCAGGAAACUGUCCAACAGUAUAUCCUUGGGUUGGAAACCCCCUAGGGAGGGCCACAUAGCUAUGAAAAUAUAAUCGUUCAUGGAAAAUAACAAAUAUUUGAAAGAAAUACAUAAAUUUUAAAGACCA